CUUCCCUCGGUGCCUUCCUCCUCUUUUACCGUACCCGCUAUGACACCGAGACUCCUGCUCCUCGCCUCUCUCCUCCUUGCGGUCCCUACCUUCACCCUCACCCUGGCUGAGCGAUGGGCCGUACCAGGCUUUCCCAACCCCCUGGUAGACCCCUUCUAUGCCCAACCGAGCGACCUUUCCACCCUCUCACUUGGUCAAGUCAUCGCCACGCGCCGCACCAACUCCACCUUCAUCCCCUCCUCGGACAACCUAGACUAUUCCUACCAAAUCAAAUUCCGCAGUCAAGACUCCCUCUCCCGACCCAUUGCCGCCAUCACUACUGUACUCGUACCGAGGAAGAAGAGUCGCACUUCUAGAGGACAGGCAUCCUUGCUUAGCUUUCAGAAUUUCGAGGAUGCAGUCUCGCUGUCGUGCUCGCCUAGCUGGGCGUAUGUAGCAGGCUCUGGCAGUAGAGCGGCUGGAGCGGCCAAUCUCGAGGCACCAAUUGUCAAUGGAUGGGCGUUGGACCAAGGUCACUACGUUGCAAUCCCUGACCAUCAAGGCCCCACAUCAGCGUUCGUGGCUGGGGUCAACGCCGGGCACAUCAUCUUCGACUCGAUCCGCGCUGCCCUAACUCAUGAGAACCUCUCCCUCACCAAGACUCAAAUCGGCAUGUAUGGAUACAGCGGCGGGGCCAAUGCGGGCGUCUUUGCCUCUUCCCUCGCCGAAGCAUAUGCUCCAGAGCUGAACAUCGUCGGCAAUGCCAUCGGCGGCACGCCCGUCUCUCCAACGGACACAUUCUACAUGCUCAAUCGCGGUCCCUCCUCUGGUCUCGCCGGUGCCGGCUCACUCGGACUCGCUGCCGCCUACCCAGACGUGAAAGCCUUUGUGGAUUCCGCCUUUACACCGCUAGGCAAAACGAUCGCUGCUCGAUUGAGAUCAGACGGGACUUGUGUACCUCAGGUAAAUACCCAAUUCGGCUUCAUCAACUUCUUCCAGCUAGUGUCUCCCCCACGGGAUUACCUUCUAGAGCCUGUCGUGCGCAACGCCAUGGCUCGCGAGACGCUUCUCCAGUCGCAAGCAUCAUACAAGGUACCAGUGCCGAAACAUCCAAUGUACAUCUACCACGCCUUCUUUGAUGAGGUGGUCCCCUUUACCAGCGCCCAGAAGUACGUCAAGCAACAGUGCCAGCGAGGAGCAGAUGUACGAUGGGUCGUCUUCCCUGCUGGACUGCACAUCGGUGUAGAGAUCAUCGGCCUGCCUGCCGCAGUGGAUUUCCUCGACAGGGCAUUCAAGGGGACACUGCACCAGGUAAUUUGCGGGACGGCUGUGCCCGAGAUUAGACUGGGCAGUCGGCGGUCGAUUGCUCUAUUGGGGGAGAAGAGGGUGGCAGCACUCAAGAAGGCUAGUCACAAGGGGACAUGGAGCUCUGAGAUCGGAAUGGAAUGA